AUGAGAAUGCAGAGGAUCAAUGCAAGUCAGCAUGAACACCCCAAUCCAUAUAUUAAUUUCAUACAUGUUUUGGGUGAUCAACCUGCUGAUAAGCUGUCUAGAAACAAGACUUUCAACAAUCCAGAAUCUGCUAGAUUGAUCAUGAGGGCUAUUGCUGCGCAAGUAGUGCCUCUUAUGAAAGCUCAUGGGAUGGGCUUGAACAGUUUUAAUGAGUAUGAAUGGAAUUCAGAAUUUGCUGGCCGCAAUUGGAAUGGUGGUGAAAUAAUUGAGCUUGUUUUGAGAAGAAAGGAUGGUAGCUUCUUGCCCAUGGGCUAUUUGUUAACAGUGAUGGCUCAUGAAUUGGCCCAUAUACAUCACAGUGCACAAUUUCAGAAGUUAAACCUUCAGCUUCGUAAGGAGAUACAACAGCUGCAGCAGAAAGGAUACUAUGGUCCAGGAUUUUGGUCCUCUGGUAAACAAUUAAGAGACUCUGCUGUAAUUCAUGGUGAUGCAGGACUAACAGCUUCAGAUUUACCUGAAUAUACUUGUGGAGGUUCUCAAAGACAAGGUACUAGAAGAAAGGUUUAUCAUCCAAGAACUGUUACCAAAAGGAAGGCAGACCGUUUUGUAGGAGAAGGACAGAAGCUUGAAGCGGAUGGACCAUCAUCUUUCAGGAAGAGAGCCAAUGCAGCAGCAGCAAAGAAUGCCAGGGCUCUUGCAGCUGAAAAGCGCAUUCUAGAGGCUCAGAAGAGAGGAUCUGAUUCCAGUGCUGUUCUGGAGGAGGAUGAAGAGGUUGAAGUGAUCAGCUUGGAGAAUGAAUGGGAAGAUUUUGAACCUCAAGUUUCAAAAUCAGAAGCAGAGUGUGAAAAUGAAAGAGGCACUUUGAGGAAUGAAAUGAAGGGUAUAUUAGCUGAUUUUAGAGACUUUCAACCAACCAACCCCUCAAGCUCCAGUAAAUCAACUUCUGUCAAGCCUAUUAACCAAGAUGACGAGAUUGAAGUUCUUCAAUCCAAAAAACCUGUUAGUGAUGAUGAAGAGAUUCAGAUCAUUCAAAAACCUAGCUCUUCUAAAUCAGAAGGCAAGAAAAGAGCUUCUUCUCAAAUUUAUUGGAAAUGCUUGAUUUGCUAUGAACAGAACCAUGUAGACUUAUCUUGUUGUAACUCCUGUUUGAGACCUAAGGGUACACCAGCUCCAAAAUGGAAUUAG